AUGAUGACCCAGAUACUUCCCAUCCGGAUUCUGACCCACAACAUCCGAUAUGCAACCACCACGCCUUUCAAAGGCGAGCGGCCAUGGGUGGAGCGGAAACAGCUACUUUUGAAUGAGUUCCAGUACGAAACACGACAUUGCCCGGAGACCUUUGUCUGUUUACAGGAGGUCCUUCACAACCAGCUGGGGGAGAUUCUGGCUGGAUUGAAUGAGAAGGCAAAGCCCGAAACCCCAGAAUGGGAGUACAUCGGUGUUGGCAGAGACGACGGCCAUGAGUCCGGGGAAUACUCGCCCAUAUUCUACCGGGCCGCAGUUUGGGAAUUGAUACACUGGGAAACGGUUUGGCUAUCCAGUACACCCGAAACGCCGUCGAAAAGUUGGGAUGCGGCCUCUAUUCGCAUCGUCACCAUUGGGGUUUUCACCCAUCGACAAACCCAGGAUACGAUCCUAGUCAUGAACACACAUCUUGAUGACCAGGGAUCCCGCUCCCGCUUGGAAGCUGCGCGGAUCAUUUUGAAGAAGAUGUCCGACUACAGGGCAAGAACAUACGAGCAUCACGGUGUGACAAGGGCCAUUUCAGGUACUUUCUUGGCCGGUGAUUUCAACAGUGAAGAGAACCAGGAAGCAUAUCAGGAACUCACGGUAAGCCUGCUCGACGCGUACAAGGAAGUUCCAAGCUCGCAACGAUAUGGUAAUGAUAUUACUUGGACUGGGUUUGGAUACGAGAACGAACCGGCCUCGCGUAUCGACUACGUCCUGGUGGAUCCCACGGUCAGGCAAAGCCGCAGACUCGCAGUCCAAGGGUAUGCAGCGCUGGGGAACAAGUUUGACGACGGUGUCUACUGUUCAGAUCACCGUGCUGUGGUGGUGGACUUGUUGCUCCGAUGA